GUUGGGUGGGCAGGUGAGGACUGUGAGGCGUUCCGCUGCGGGUUGCUCAUCCCACCUGGAGGGCGCGCUCUGCCGUCGCUGUCGGGGAGCGCUGUUUCGCCGUCCUUCGACCCAGCCCGCAGUGUUGUUGGACCGGCUGCUUAAACAGAUCGCCAACAAAGUUAAACGUUGUGGAUCAGGUCAUGGCCUGGUUAUUGGGAUCUCUGUGCGGUCUGCUGUCGGUCUGAGGCUGGUGUCCGUGUCGCCUCGCACGCACUUGCUAUCACUCGAGUCCGGGGCUCGGGCUGGGCCUUCCUACGUCCGUUUAAAACUACACUUGAUGGUAUCCUUCAAAGGAUUUAGAAGGAAAAUGUCGAUAAUGGGCUUAAAGAAAAAACAACCUAAAACCUUCAAAGUUAAGGUUAUUACCAUGGAUGCAGAAAUGGAAUUCAGUUGUGAGGUGAAAUGGAAAGGGAAAGACCUCUUUGACUUGGUGUGUAGAACAAUUGGAUUGCGAGAAACUUGGUUCUUUGGACUACGAUACAUGGUAAAAGAUACCUCUGCAUGGUUAAAAAUGGAGAAAAAGGUGUUGGAUCAAGAAGUUCCCAAGGAGGAUCCGAUUACAUUUCACUUCCUCGCCAAGUUCUAUCCUGAGAAAGUAGAAGAAGAACUUGUCCAAGAAAUCACCCAGCACCUUUUCUUUCUGCAGGUGAAGAAACAGAUCUUGGAUGAGGAGAUUUAUUGCUCCCCUGAGGCUUCCGUGCUGCUGGCAUCUUAUGCUGUUCAAGCAAAGUAUGGAGACUACGAUCCAAAUUUUCAUAAACCUGGUUUCUUGGCUCAGGAUGAACUACUACCAAAAAGAGUCCUUAAACAAUAUCAGAUGACAGCAGACAUGUGGGAAGAAAAGAUAACAGCCUGGUAUGCUGAACACAGGGGAAUUGCGAGAGAUGAAGCUGAAAUGGAAUAUUUAAAGAUUGCACAAGACCUAGAGAUGUACGGAGUAAAUUAUUUCCCUAUCACGCAAAAUAAAAAGGAUACUGACUUGCUGCUUGGAGUUGAUGCACUUGGUCUUCAUAUCUACAUCCCUGACAACAAGCUUUCAUCUAAAAAGUCAUUUGCGUGGAGUGGAAUCAGAAACAUUUCCUACAGUGAGAAAGAGUUUACCAUCAAACCUUUGGACAAAAAGGCGGAGGUUUUCAAAUUUUACUCUUCACAGCUCCGUGUAAAUAAAUUGAUAUUGCAGUUAUGCAUUGGAAAUCAUGACUUGUUUAUGAGAAGAAGAAAAGUAGAUUCAAUUGAAGUUCAGCAGAUGAAAGCUCAAGCCAGAGAAGAAAAGGCUAGGAAAAAGAUGGAACGUCAAAGGUUAGCCAGAGAGAAAAAGUUGAGGGAGGAGGCUGAGCGAGCAAAAGAAGAUUUGGAGAGGCGACUUUAUCAAUUACAGGAUGAGUCCAGGCUCGCAAAUGAAGCACUGAUACGAUCAGAGGAGACUGCUGACUUGCUUGCUGAGAAGGCACAGAUUGCAGAAGAGGAGGCCAAGCUGCUCGCUCAGAAAGCUGCAGAAGCAGAGCAGGAGCGACAAAGGUUGGAAGUCACAGCCUUGAAGACAAAAGAGGAAAAGCGUCUAAUGGAACAGAAGAUGCGAGAAGCAGAGUUGAUAGCUGUUAAGCUUGUGGAGGAAUCAGAGAGGAGAUCUAAGGAAGCAGAACAGCUCAAGCAAGAUCUGACUGAAGCUCGAGAGGCAGAGAGAAGAGCCAAGCAUAGACUGCUGGAGAUUACAAAACCCAGUUAUCCGGUUAUAGCUUCAUAUUCAGCUCAUCCCCCUGCUGAUGUUGGUGAUCUUAACUUAGAAUCUGGAUCUUUUAAAUUUGACUUCAAGGAUACUGAUAUGAAGCGGCUAUCCAUGGAGAUAGAGCGAGAACGUGUGGAAUACAUGGAAAAAAGCAAACACCUGCAAGAGCAGUUGAAGGAACUAAAAACUGAAAUUGAAGCUCUGAAAUUAGAAGAACGACAUGCUAACAUGGGCAUCCCUACCAGUGAGACCAUGGAAUUUUCUGAUAAUACUUACACACCACUCAGUAAUAUCCACUGAAGUUCGCCUUACAGAGCCAACAGAUCUCUUAAUUUACAGAGUGUAACUGCAAAGACACAAGUGGCCUUUUUGGAAGAACUCUGACUUUCACAAAACUCUGGUCCGCUCACGAGUUUGAUCUACUUGCAUUCCAGAGCCAAGAAGUGAAUUCAGCACAAUUUUUUUAAGGAACUUCAGCAAUUUGUUUUAUAAAAGAAGAGGAAUUCUGUUUGAAACUACAAAUAUAAUGAUUUGCAUACUGGCAAAGACUGGUGUGUUUAAGUCACUGAGCAUAUAUAGCUACACUAAAUGGGAAAUGUUAUGUGUAAUUCCCAGUUAUAACACUAAAUGUUAGUGCCUUUGCUGCUUAUUCUAAAUAUGAUUAUGGACUAAUGGAAUCAUUUAUGCUUCAGUCAGGAUACUUAGCCAUCCAUAUUAAAAAUGUUAUUUAUUCACAAAUAGUCAAAAACAUGGAUCCAUUUGCUGAUUUCAUCCAACUUGCUCCUCUAUUAUUGUUUUAUCAUUUUCACCACUCAGAUGAAAACCUGUAGCGGUGAAUAUUAGUAUUUCACCUCUAUAAAUUCAUUGUCCAGCAUUUUAUUUCAAAGAUGUUUAUUUCGCAUGUUGUACUGGUUGUCAUUUAAGAGUACUAUGUUGUACUGUAUUGAAAUGUUAACACUAAAAACUAUGACUUCCUAAUGAUGAUUAGACCCAUCCAAUUUGUUGCAAAUAUUUAAAAAUCUUCGUCAAACUACAUUUAUAGCUUGGUUAAUGUUUGUAGUAAUGGUUAGUGAUAUUUAAAUGAUAAUAGUACAAUGCCCAAGAAUAUAAGACAUUCAUAUACACAUCAUUUUAAUUGAGUUUUUAUAACAAAAUAAAAUUGAACGUGACCAAACCUAUAAAGUCCGCAUGGGGUGCGUUGGAUUGGUAGGUAUGAGCAUAAAAUUAUAAAAUCACAAUCUUUCUUUUUGUAAUCAGUCUUACUUUGUUGUAAUACACUAAUGUUUUAGACCUGAUGUAUGUGAAACUAUUUUGUGCAAAUUCUUGAUAGCUUCUCAAAAAAACAACAAGUCUUCAAAAUGUUCUGUUAAAUACAGAGCUAUAAAAUGAGACAUUUUCAGAUUCCAACAAGAUAGUGAAAAUAAUUCAAAUAGGUUUGCGUAAUUUCCAUACGUUGGCAUUUGCAUAAUAAUUUGGUGGUUUCCAAUCAACAGAUAUGUGUAGGUUUGCAUUUCUUCAAUUGAAUCAAUUUGUUUGCAAAAAUUCAAUUAUAAGAAUAUAUUCAUCCUUAACUAAGGAUGAUCAUGAUUUAAAAAAACAAAAUGCUGUAAACACUUGUCAGGUCAGACUACCUCUGAGGAAAGAGAGUUAAAGUCAAUAUUUCAUGGACAUUUUGUCAAAAGUGGAAAAUGGAGGGUUUCUUUGCAGCUCUGAUGAAAAGUCUUUGGAGUUUAAAAAGUUAGCUUUUUCUUUCUGCAGAUGGUACAUGAUUUACUGAGUGUUCCCAGCAUAUUCUGGUGUUUAAAAUUUCCAGUCUCUGCAUUUCAUGAGUUUUGUGAUCAUGGGGUUUUGUUGUAAAUGGCAGAAAAUUAAUGUGGAAAAGAUCUCUAUAGCUAUAGAAAAUUCAAGAUACUUUAAGGAGACGAGCCAUAUUUAAUUCACAGGGAGAAACAAAAGAUUGCCUAUUGAGUGGUUUGAUGUGAAUUUUCAUUAUUAAGAUUAGCUGGAACAUUUAGAAGGUCCACUCUCAUUGUUUUAGAAAGAUUCGCAGCAAUGUGAGAAACUGGUUUUGCUGUUUAAAUUUCAUUUGAACUUUAUUUUCACAUCAUUGGUACACUUUAGUACAGCUUACAAUGCCAAGUUAGCUUUUCCUCAGAAGAAAUGAGGAUAAAAACACUUUCUUGAAAGAAUGCUUUGACUAAACUAAGCAUAUAAACAUGCUGAUUGAAGUUGUUCGCAGUUUUAUAGUGUAUUUUUUCAUUGAUUAUUUUCAUAAACAACGUUCAGUAAAAAGAUGUUUCUGUUCUUGCUAUUAAAAUGUUCAGAAUUUAUAUAAGCUCAUUCACUUGGAUACGUGUUUGGUUAUGUCAUUAAAUGUGGUUAUCAUCUGUCUAUUUUACCAACUUGGCAUUUGUUUCCACUGAGGUUACUUUAAAGAUGCAUUUUUAUUACAGCAGUUUGAUGGAAUGCAGAAACUUAAGCAUGUUUAAACCAUGAUCAAUUACACACAACUAAUUGGCUAUAUUAAGAGCCAGAAAAUACUUUAUACAGUGCAUAUUAUAUUCAGACGAAGCAAGGUUUAAAGGAUAGAUUCAGAAAGAUGGGGUUUGAAGAACAUUACAUAUUAGAAUUGAUAAAAGUUGCUUGUUCUUUGACUGUCUUAAUAUUUUGCAAAAUUUGCUUGUUCAUCUAUUCACAGCAAUUUAUUAUCUAAAUUUGUAUGAUUUAUUUAUUUUGUAUUUGUAUUGUCUGCAUUGUUUCCAGAAUUUAAGCAACUUUCCUUACACCUGUAUCAGGCAAUAAAGGACACAGUAAAUUGUGUAUUCCUGAACUGUAUGUUCAAAAUAAACAAUUAUGAUUUUAUAUAUCCAACCCCACACACUGCAAUGCUGGUUACCUUAAUAUUUGUUGUGCACUAAGUAUUUAUCAGAUGUACCUUAAGAAAAGUGAGAGACGUACUCCAUCUAUCCAUGAUACUUCGCAUAGCUGGGAGUGAAGUAAAUUGCAUGAUAUAAAUUUUAGAGAUCGUUUGCAAUUCUUUGUGCUGUCUGUCACACUGAGUUCAUCUCCAUUGUGACAAUCCUGUACAGUUGUAGAUACUAUUAAGCAAUUUUCCUCACUAUAUAACAAUUUCUACUGGAAAUUAGCCAACAAUUUAAAUAUUUAAUUUACUUCAGUUGGAUAUACACUUCGUUCUCUGGAGUUCCUGCUUCCCAGUCGUUGCAACCUGCUGCAUAACAUUUUCCUUUAAUCAUUUUUAAUCCUUCCCAAACUCUUUCCACUGCUGCAGUGCCAAAAAUGUAGCAAUGUAUAGGUAUUAUAGACAGUUCCAACAAUGUGGUAUACUUAUUAAUAAUAAGUAAUUGCAGAUGUAAUUACAGAUACUCCACAGCUGGACAAAAUCUGGAGUGACUAAACUGCAGAAGACAUUUGAAAUUUGAAUAGCUUUAUAACAUAACAUCAACAGUAGUCAUUGUGUCACCUAUGGUAUUUGUCCUAACAGUCAGGGCCAUGUCUCAAACUCUAUGGUUAAAGCCUUGUUUCAUCGGUGCUACAACAAUGAAACUUAAGGAUCACACAAUCAAUGUGACAAUGCAGUAGAGAUGGCCGGUCACUAUCUAUGAAAAACUGUUACAAGUGUAUUCCAUGAGGUGGUCAGAUUCAUCAAGACCAAUGACACAGUUUGUAGCCAAUUGCAGUGGGGUUUGACCAUUCAGACUUUAACUAAUAAAUGACCAGGUCUGUAUCUGAUAAGUGCUUGCUCACAUUCUGAUGAAAUUAACAAUAAUAAUCUUCUAAGUUUCUUUUGAACAGUGUAAGAGCAAAUAUUCUGUGGUAAGUGACUCACUUCUUGUUUCAGUGUAUUUCUACCACUACAAGCUCAAAGUAAAUUUAUUAUCGAAGUAUGUAGAGUAUAUAUCAGCAGAUGUACCUUGAGAUUUAUCUUGCAGGUAUUUACAGGAAACAAAAAAAACUAUAGAAUUUAUGAAAGACUAUAACCAAGACUGACCAACAACUAAUGUGCAAAAGUUGACAAAUUAUGCAAAUAAUAAAAAAAAACUGAGAACAAGUUUAUUUAGUUAUCUAUUUAGAGAUACAGUGUGGAAUAGGCCCUUAUGGUCCUUCAAGCUGCACCACUCAGCAACCCCUAACAACUCCCUACUUAACCGUAGCCUAAUUACAGGACAAUUUACAAUGAUGAAUUAACCUACUAACCGGCAUGUCUUUGGACUGUGGAAAGAAACUGGAACACCUGGAAUGAACCCAGGCAUUCUAAGGGGAGGACAUACAAACUCUUUACAGAGGACGCCGGGAUUGAACUCCAAAUUCCCAACGCCCUGAGCUGUAAUGGUGUUGCACUAACCACUACACCACUGUGGUGUUGAAGAGUCCUUUUAAAGUGAAUCUAUAGGUUGUGGAGUCAGUUUAGCGUUGAGACAUGAUGUGUGAUCCAUACUGGUUCAGGAGUCUGAUGGCUGUAGGGUAACUUCCUGAACAUGGUGAUGUGGGACCGACGGUAUCAGAACGCAUAGCCUGGAUGAUGGAGGUCUUUAAUGGAUGCUGCUUUCUUGUAAAUGUGCUCAAUGAUGGGGAGGUCUUUGCUUGUGAUGGACGAGGCUGUAUCCAA